AUGGCCACGACUACACCUCCCGGACGCUUGCAAGGCAAAGUUGCCAUCGUAACCGGCGCAGGCUCAGGCUUCGGUCACGGCAUCGCAAAAAAGUUCGUUCACGAAGGAGCAAAGGUGAUUGUCGCCGAUAUAUCAGAGGACAAUGGCCAGAAGGUCGCAGCAGAACUGAAUAGCAAGUUCGUCUACGCAGAUGUGACAAGCCGAGACAGCUGGCAGGCACUUCUUCAAGCCACUCUGGAUGAAUAUGGAAAGCUCGACAUCGUUGUUAACAAUGCUGGUGCAACUUACCACAACAAACCCACCACCGAAGUUACGGAUGCCGACUUCGGUCUGUGCAUGGAAGUCAAUGUUAAAUCAAUCUUCCUCUCCACCAGCGUUAUCAUUCCGUACUUUGUACAGAAUAAUAGCCCCGGAUGUUUCCUCCAAAUAUCGUCCACUGCUGCCCUUCGCCCUCGUCCAGGUCUGACAUGGUACAAUGCGUCCAAAGCCGCUGUUAGCAACGCCACCAAAACGAUGGCUGUUGAAUACGGCCCGAAGAAGAUAAGGUUUAACAGCGUGUGUCCCGUUGUUGGAAGCACAGCAAUGACCCAUCUCUUUCUCGGAAAGCCAGACACCGAGGAAAAUAGGGCGGCGUUCGUAUCGACUAUACCUCUAGGGCGCCCUUCCACGCCUGCAGAUGUCGCGAAUACGUGUAGCUUCCUGGCUAGCGAUGAAGCAGAUUUCAUCACAGGUGUCGAACUUGAGGUUGAUGGUGGCCGCUGUGUCUGA